UCUGUGUUAUUCCUCUCAGGUUCAGUAUCGAGCGGUCGGGCUCUUCUUUGCUGGAGAUGCGAGCCGGUCAAACUGCCAGAAUGUCCUGCACCAUCGUCCCUCCGUCAGCUCUUCAGUCUGUCCACAUUCAGUGGACUAAAGAUGGACAGAUCCUCAGUGACUCCAGGUAUGUCCAACAUACGGACGGCACGCUGAUGGUCAGCUCUCUGAAGUCUUCAGACUCUGGUGUGUACACAUGUACAGCCUCCACUCAGCAGCAGCUGGAGCAGAGACAGCUGCAGCUCAGAGUCCAGGCCGACCUGAAGAUCACCACAGCUCCCAAUAACAUCCAGGUGUCUGAAGGCAGCACCGCUCAGCUCCCCUGUGUGGUGUCAGGAGACAACGUCAACAUCGGCUGGUCCAGAAACGGUGUACCUGUGCGUCCAGACGGUCGUAACAUCCUGAUGUCCUCUGACGGCAGUCUGAUCCUGAAUAACGUAAAGCCUUCAGACGAGGGAACUUACACCUGUAACGCUUACACUGGCAUCUACUCUGUGAGCGCCACGGCUGAAGUUCGAGUCACUAAAGACACACACCAAGGUGUUGAUGUGCCUCCAGAAUGCGUCGACCAGCCCGAGCUUGCCAACUGCGAGCUGAUCGUUUACGCCCGACUUUGCUCUAACUCGUAUUACUCCAGUUUCUGCUGCGCCAGCUGCACCAGGCACUUGCAGAGGAACGACAGGUUCGGUCGGCUAGGCUGAAGCCGCCGAGCGUUUUAAAAACUGUGGGACACGUGGAAAAGAGGGAUACGGAGGAGCGCUGGUGUUUGAGACACUGAAGCUGAUUUUGGAGGAUUGUGAAAACCUUCCACCACUGAACUUUUGCCAAAAGGACUCAAACACUAAAAUCUGACCAGGUUGUGCAGAAUCACAAUUCGAGAAUG